UUAUUAUUUCAAUAUUUGUUGUUGUUGUUGUUGUUGUUGUUGUAGCGGACUUUGGGGUCACAUAUCACCAUUCUCUGAUGUUAAACUUUAGCAUCAACUGGUGGGUCCUUUCUCUGGUGUUUUACCAUCACUCUGACACUUUUACAUAUUAACAGUGUCAGUGUGUUGCUAUGGAAACUUAGAAUAUUAGGAGUACGUUUGCAAACGGUUUUCUUGUUGAGUUCCUUUAGCUGGUAACAGCUGGUAACUCACAAUUUAUCACCAACCAGACUCAAACUCCGUGCCUGCAUUGCCACCUAGAGGUAGCACCAUGAACUGAAAGAGCACGAACAAUUCGCUAAGACAUUUCCUCAGCCCCAUGAAUCAGUCCGUCAGAAAAUGAUGUGGCAGCCCUCAGUGAUGAAAAACAACCUCCUCACCGAGUCGUGAUGAGGUGAACCGGCGGCUGGGGGGAGGCAGAGAGAAAGCGAGAGACAGAGAGAGAAACACCGAUACAGUGAGAGAGAGUGAGUGAGAGAGAGAGAGAGAGAGAAAGAGAGAGAAAGAGAGAGAGAGAGAGAGAGAGAGAGAGAGAGAGAGAGAGAGAGAGAGAGAGAGAGAGAGAGAGAGAGAGAGAGAGAGAGAGAGAGAGAGAGAGAGAGAGAGAGAGAGAGAGAGAGAGAGAGACCACCAACAUCUACGCCACCAUCGUGUGCAGGGAAAGCGGCUGUCCCCCUUUAGAGACCAUCCAUCCCCGACGCCCACACUUCCGGGAGCCUCUGGAGGCAGCUGGGUCAGGAUGCGUCUGUCCCCUCUCGGUGCUGCUGCUUGAGAUGAAGACAAGACGUCGACGUGUUCCAGGGUGAAACGGCGUUACAUCACGUUACAUUAGAAGCUACACGUUACAAUCCGAGCACAACUGAUCACACCGCGGCGGGUGUUCGGGGUCCAGGCUUUAGCCAUAUACUGUCUGUCUGCUGUCAACUGUUGCUGAUUUCCACUGUAAAUGAAUCUUAUCAGGUUUAUGAACAACCGUGUUCCUCCCAACAAGAGAUAUCAGCCCACAGAAUAUGAGCAUGCUGCCAACUGUGCCACGCAUGCGUUAUGGAUAAUCCCCAGCCUGCUGGGCAGCUCAUUGUUGCACUUCCAGUCAGAGGACCAAUGGGAGCGGCUGUCGGCCUGGGUCUAUGGGGCGGGGCUCAGCUCCCUCUUCAUCAUCUCCACCCUGUUCCACACCGUGGCCUGGAAGAAGAGCCAUCUAAGGUCUGUGGAGCACUGUUUCCACAUGUGUGACAGGAUGGUGAUCUAUUUCUUCAUUGCUGCCUCCUACGCCCCUUGGUUGAACCUGCGGGAGCUGGGUCCCUGGGGGUGUCACAUGCGCUGGCUGGUGUGGGUCAUGGCGUCUUUUGGAACCACCUAUGUCUUCUUCUUUCAUGAGAGGUAUAAGAUCACAGAGCUUAUCUGCUAUAUGGUGAUGGGAGUUUUUCCGGCCCUGGUCAUCCUCUCAAUGCCAGAGCAGUCGGGGCUGUACGAGCUGCUGGCGGGCGGAGCCUGCUACUGUCUGGGGAUGGUCUUUUUUAAAAGUGAUGGCAUUGUCCCAUUUGCUCAUGCCAUUUGGCACUUGUUCGUAGCUAUGGGAGCUUCCAUACACUACUACGCCAUCUGGAAGUACCUCUACGCCCAGCCGCCAAAUCAGGUCCAGACCUCCAGAUGACAUCAGCGCUGACCUCACAGGAAGUAGCUCCUGUGUUGGAGCAACUUUAAGAGGGUGAUACAUGCAGUGUCCCAUUUCAGUGGAUACCUCCUUUGAAAAACAAGUGGGCAAAACUUUUUCACCAAACAAGAGAGUCAAGCACCACAGUUUCAAAAACUGAAGGUGAAUUUAGGUAAUCGUCAAAGUAAAGUAAAGAAACAUGUUUAACACCAGGAUGUUGAACUCAAUUGGCCAGAAAAUGUAUGUACUUUACAUAAUAAUUUUAAGGAAAAAAUGUAGUGUGUGGCAUGUUCACCUGCUAACAGUAUACUAGAGUAAUGUUCAAUGUUACCAAAUGACUUUAAUUAAUCUAGUUAAUAACUGCCUGCCAUUAUUAACAUCAUUUAUGAGUUGAUGAAAACAUCUGAACGCACCAUGAAGCAAUGGAUGGCAUGCAAUGGACUGUAGGAUACUGUAAUGGAUAAUGGAAGUUAUUCACCAGGUUUUUUUACCCAAAGGACGAAGGGUGCAUUUGGAGGAGACUUUGCAUCGAGGUAGCCUUUCAGUCUGUUGCUAAAACAGUUCAAAGGAGGCAACCCGUGAACUGGGACACAGCUUUUGUUUUUGUUCAAAUCAAACUAAACCAACUUUAGUUAAAUAUUAAGUUAUUUUUGCAGCAACUUUGGUUUCAUUCCAAUGAUCAGGGGUUAAAUUACUAUUGUAAGUGGUGCAUAUUCAGAUACAGAUGCUGAAUUGAUGACAUUGUCUUAUUUUCAAGAGGAGGACAAUAUUUACAAUGAGCUGACUCGACUAUCAUAAUUAUCUUCUGGACAUUAUUUAAAGUACCAUUAACAGGUUUUGGUUCAAUUAACUUUGGAACAUCAAUAAUUUACUAUUCCAAUUCAGAACCCUAGAUAGUAUUGUUACUGUUAUAUAGUUCGUAGUUGUGCUAUACACUGUAGUACAUUUACUAUAUGGGUUAACAGCAGUUGCUUCAGUCAGUGAUUUACUGUGAUUUCUAAAUCAAGCAUGACUGUGGAAUUAUUAUUAUUAUUAUUAUUAUUAUUAUUAUUAAUAUUAUUAUUAUUAUUAUUAUUAUUAUUAUUAUUAUUAAUAUCAUUAUUGUUAUUAUUAUUUAUGUUGAACAUGCAUUUAUGGUUUGAGUCUUGGUGACUUAAAUUGUGUGCUUCUACCAAAACUAAGUUCUACACAGUAGAUUUUCAACCAUAAUACCUGAAUUAUAAUAAUUUACUGUCGUUGAUUAGGGUUAGUGAGUUAAGGUAUCAUCAGUACAAUUUAUAAAGUAUAUAUUUAUCAAUGACGUACAGUAUAUGUUAACUUCAUUUAUAUUUUCUUCUUAUGUACUAAAAAGUAUCAGUUGAUUAUCUCCAUCAUAUUGAACUUAAUGAAUGGGACCAAUUGUUAGAGUUUGUCAAAGCUACACGGUUGAACCUCAGAAAGGAAAACCACUGUCUGAUCACACUGCCAGAAGACUUACUGCCGUACCUGAUAGCACACUACUACCAUAAACGUCUCACACUUGAAAGGAAACUGAAGCUAUAGUAUUGUUGAACAAUCUGGCCCAAUAUUAAGGCAUCUCAGGUGUGUGUCUGUAUGCGCUUGUGUGCGUGAGAGUGUAUGAGUGUGUCUUUGUAUGUAUCCUAUAAUAUCUGACUCCCAUGAAUCCAAAGCCUGUAAUUGGCUGAGUCUAUGUUUACACAUGAACGCAUGUACCUUGAACACAUAAAAAGUAUAUUUGACAUAUAUAUGUACUCUUAGUGUUAAGCUGUAUGUGGUGGCACAAAGUAUAUUAGGUGAGCUUGUAUAGUGUGAUAAAUGUGGCUAGAGGACCAAAAGGUCACACCGUCUAGUAUUCAAAGGUGUAAGAGUUUUUUUUAAACUUCUGCUCUUGUUCAACAUAUUUCUGCUGCUGUCUGUCUCUCAGGAUUUGGAUCAUUUGGGCUUUAACGCCUGUGAAGCCACAUUCAAGGACCAUUAAAGCUGCUCCGGUUGUUCGGGGCGCUGUCUGCAGCAAUGAAAAUGAUCAAAUAGCUUUGAAGCUGCUUUCUUAAGUAAUGGCAACACACCAUACAGCUUACUACAUCCCUAAGUAGGAGAGAAGUCACAAAAGUUUUCUUGAAGCUUAAAAUAAUAUUUAUAAAAUAACCGAACAGGAGAAAAGCUCUAGGCAGAUAGGCUUUGACAUACAACCACUACAUAGAUUUGUCUUUUUAGAUUAUAUUAUAAAACGCAAAUAGAACAUAGAUACACUAAAGCUGCAUAACCCCUCUAGAUUUGCUGUAAAAUCUGCAAAAUGUGCAUUUGGAUUUGCAUCAAAAUACACUGUGACAAACAAUAACAAUGAGAGUGCAGUAGAUAUAGAGGUAAACAACUUUGCAAUGUUCUUUUAUCUAUAUAACAUAACAUUUUACAGUAACAACUUACCAAACAGCAUAUACAACACAUGCAUUAGUAUACUUAUUGUCUAAAAGGAGAAUCAUCUGACAAAAACACGAAUAUUUCUGCAACAUCUUUAACAACACCUGAAAAUAACACACAACAAUUUUUAUUGUCAUUAUUUUCUUUGUUUUUUUUUUACCAUUAGGGUAAUUCAAUGUCUCAACAAAUGUAUCAUCACUGGGAAUUUACAUUUUUCACACUGGAUAUCUCAGUUUGGAAUGACAGUCUUCAGAUAGAUUCUCAAAUUUAAAUUACUUUUUAGUAUUUGAAUUAAGCGUUUACAUGAGCCUCUGAAGAAACACCAAAUGAUUGAGUGUUUACAGUUUUGGAGUAAUCUGGAGUAAUAGAGCCAGUGCUCUACAGGCAGGUUGGUGACGGUGAAAUUAAAUAUUUAAAGAUUUUACGUGUGUCUGUCUUGUCUUGGUUAUGAUAUCUGUCUCAUUCAGACAUACAGUGCCCACCUGACUUUGUAUAGAGUUUUAUAAACUCUCCAUGAAGCCGUCAUGGACCCUCUGUACAUUGUUAAUAGACGCUCUGUGAUUGUGGAGCUGCUGACUCUGUUCUCAGUGCUGCUGGUCUUUUCUUUCUGGUCGUAUAAGACUAUACUAGCUCAUAUUCUUUCUCUUUAGAUAUCAUAUUGGUUUUUCUUCGUGUCUGUGGUGCUUUGUGCUGUGAUACGCCUUUAUGACGCCAACAAUGCUUUUAUCUUUUUCUAUUUCUCUUGUAAUAAAAAAGCUUUUUCAUGCAGUA